GCGAUGUAUGUCAUCAAAAUAGUAAUUGUAAAAUGGAAGAUCGUUUGCUAAAAGUGAGUGCUGGGGUGGUGUCUCUCUGAAUUCGGACUAAAUUUGUGUUAGUUCAGAAUUAAAAUAUGACUACAUAUUUAAUUUUAUCUUCAAAAUGGCUUCAAAAUUAAAGAAAGUUGCAUGUGAUAUUAAGAUCGACGAUCCGGUAAGCUCUGCAUCAGAGAGCGAACUUGAGGAUGAUGUCUUCGAGCUUGAGUUUACUGGAAGGCUAACCUUACACGGGGAGAAUGACCCAUCAUACUCCUCGACCGCUGCAGGCGGCGAUGAUGGUAUUGUCUGGGCUAGAAACAAACCGAGAGAUUCCGAUUCUUUUCAGUGUAGAGAAGAAGGAUCAAAGAAUGAAACAGCUGUUCUUGGAUUUCAGACAGUCCAAGAUGAUACUGAGAAUAAAGAAGUUGACUGCAUGGGAGGCAUACGAAGCUGUCACCGUAAGAAGGAAUAUGAUCUUGGGAAGAUCGCCAAGUUCCAACAAGGACGAACAAGUUUUGAGGUGGCAUCGGCAAAAACAAUGCGAGAUGGGCACAAACGUUUUGUGUUGUAUACAAUAGCAGUCAAACGCUCAAUUGGAAAUGACACAUCACAGGCUUUGAUUGACAGAAGAUACACAGAAUUUUACCUCCUGAACAAAGUGUUAAAACGCAAGUACCCCCACAUUAUGGAACACGUCUCCUUUCCCAAGAAAGCCAUCACAGGCAACUACCGGCAUCACUUUAUCGCAGAGCGAAGUCGGGCAUUUGAACAGUUCCUCACACACAUCUACACAUUUGAAGAGAUCAGGAAUUGUCCCGAGUUCCAAGACUUCUUCUACAAUAGAGAUCUUAAAACCGCUUUCAAGUACAUCAGUGCAGGCGAUUUCCAAGAAGCCAUACCUUUUUUACAAAAUGCAUUACAUCUGCAAGAAAAAAUGCUCGGUGAAAAACACCAGGACACAAUCAGAACCUUAUGCGCACUCGUUGUUGCCUACUCCUCCCUGGAAGAUGGGGAUUCACACGCAUCUGCAUUCGCAGAGUGUGCCCUUCAGUGCAUAGGUGAAGACGGAACGAACCCAUUUUUGAUCUCUUUACUACAGACUGUUAUUGGCAUGAGGUGGCGAAGAGGUGUUGAAAAACGGCAUCUUGAGGAUACGUUAGCGAAAUAUAUAGACGUUGAAAUUGGGCCGGUUAAAAUGCCCACACUUGAAGACUUAGUUUUACAGUGUUUAUCACACAUAUAGUGUAACAUACCUUUAAAAUGUAGUGUAUUGUAUAAAGUAGAUAAUGUACUACCAAAUUUGAUACAACGCAUGGGUUUCUGUUGUGCGUUUACUAAUCAUGAAAACAUACUGUAAUACAUACAGUACUUAUAACAAGAUCAACAUAAAUCAGCAGAUGCAACGCAAUUCAUUUUGUACCCACACUGCUGAUUUCAAAUACAAGAAGUUUUGGAGAGCAGCUCUGCGGUAGCCUUAUUGUCAACUUGGUAUAAAAUGCACAUUAAACUGCAGAAGUUAAUGACAAAAUCGUGGCUGUUUCUUGUACUGUACAUGUUUAUAUUGCAGUGAAAUUUCAAAUUUUUUAAAAAGUGAUUAACAAUUUAAAUCCCAUGUUUAAAUGUUAUCCAAUAUUUGUAAAAUUUAUAACAUUGAAAAAUCCGCAUUUUGGAAAACAAAAUUUAUAGUUAUUAGUAAAAAAUGAAAGUGCAAUUUUAGUGAAAGUGAAAGAAUUAAACAGUAAAUCAUGUGACAUAAAAAGAACAUACAGAUGAAAAUGUUUACAUCUGUUCCUUGUGCGUUGCUAAUUAAAGAUAUGUCGUCUGUGCUAAUCUAAAAACAAGGGGAGAAAUCAUUGUUGUUGCUAUUAUAAAGUAGGUUUCUAUUGUAAAUUAGAGUGUGGAAAAAUAUUUCUUCCCAUUUAAUAGUCACAUUAAUAAAAUACAGUAAUGAAAUAUCAAAAAAGAAGUAAUCCAGGGUCUCACAGCGCAAUAUAAUCAAAUAUGGAAGUUUGAUUUGAUUUUUAUACAGUAGAUUCUUAAAUUGGUUGAUUUAUGAAAUAUUGUAUUAAAAGAUCUGUAAAUUAACAAAAACUGAUUUGUUUUGAUUUUGGAUUCAUUGGAAGUUGAUUUUUUUUUUAUCCUUUUGGAAGUUUUCAGAUUUUAUAACAGGUGGUACAUCUUUAAAUUGAUGGAUUGUUGGAAAUCUAAUGAUGGAAAUAAAUUUGUAUUGUAUCGAUUGUGAUUUUUAAAAAGUACUAAUUACAGUAGGGAAUGAAACAUUAUUUAGCGUUUUAUGAUUUAACAAUUUUAAAUAAUUUCAUUUAUCAAUCGCAGUGUAUCUAAUGAGGUACCACAAAGAUUUGUAAGCUUUUUUAAAAAUGUGCCUGAUAUAUUAAUGAAAGUAAAUUUUUUUAAAUUACCAGUGAUUUGAGAAAAUUUUCAUACUAAACAUUCUAAAUCGGUAGAUGGUCUAUUUGUGUGGGGUUCAAAAUAUACAAGGCAACAUCUAGAGAUUGACGCUCACCCAAAUAUGGCUCAUGUAAAUGUAACUGUUUCUGGUUGUUAAACUUUAUCUGGAUACUACAGUAGAACUUAAAUUUAUUAAUACUAUUAUUAUAAUUAUAUUGUUAACUUCUGAAAUCUAUAUUUUCUACAUUCAUUUUUAAAGUUAAUUUUUAGACAGGAUUUUAACUUGUGUUUAAAUGCUGUCUUCAGCUACAAGAGGAUGUGGUUUUAAAGAGAUGUGAACAUGUUGGCCACUUCAUCAGCUGGGAUGUGGCAAAAUAUCCUGUGUUUGGAUUGUUAAUUACACUAAUUAAAACAGAAUGCACUUUCUCUUUCUACUUUCUCAUAUAAUAUCUGAACUAAACAUUAUUGGUGAGCAUUUCCUAAAUAUAGAAACUGAAAUUUGCCGCUGUAGAGGGAAGUUUAUUAUCGGUAUUCAAUCUUUACAUCAAUUGUCAAAGCAUUUUCAAACCAAAUUUAGAAGAAAAAAAAAUUACAGUCUUCAUCCCCAUUUUUUGGACCUCCCCUUUUUAAACUUCCACAACCCUUUGGAAAUCAUCUUGAACUUCAAAUAUCCUCAUAAGAAUAUCCCCGUCCCUGAGCUUGGUAUAUGUCAGUGUAUGUGUAUAUGGGGCAUCUUUGUGAGGGGCUAAGAUGAGGAAGUAGGAAUGGAAUGCUAGGUGGGGGAAUGAGAUUAUAUUAAAAUGCUUUUCAAACACAAUUGUUUGUAAUUUAAGUUUCAGUCCAUGUGCUUAGGAGUGGAAACUUUUUAAAAGAGGCAUGCGCCCAUGCCACCUUAAAUAUAUACAGUGCCACUGUUUCCUUCUCUUUUUAACAAGCCGUGUCAGAAACAUCUUUUCUUGUUUAUUUACUGAUGAUUUAUAGUUCCAUACUAAGGAAAAUAUUUAUAUAAAAAACUAUAUUAUAUAAAGUGAUAUUCUAAUUUCAUUUCAGUGCUGUACUAUUCAAUGAUAAUUUACAUGGUAUUAUUUAAUAUUAUAACUUGUCAGACUUCCCAAAUAUUUUAUUUUUUUUUAUUACUAAAACAUAGAGAAUGAUAAUAAUGUUGAAGAAGCAGUGAGAAAAAUGCUGAAAUUGCUUAUGAGCCAGACAUGGUUGUCUUAAACAAGAACUUAAAUUCACGGCCAGUGAUUAAUGAUAUUUUUAGAAUGGAACAGCCAGUGACUGCCAGUUUCUACCUUAAUAUAUCGUAUUAAUUGCUGAGCCAUUGUCUCACAGCCAAAUUCACAGAAGUGUAUGUGUUGGUUUUUAGAUACACUUGACUGGGUCUAAAAAUGCAUAGUGAUAUAUAUUUAAUAUAUAAUUUAAUAAUGUAAUGUAUGUACAGUGUGUAUUUACUGUACAUGUAUGUAUACAUACAUAAAAGCAAACAUUCUAAAAACCAAUAUACAUAUUUAUAUACUAUACUUAUAUAUAAUAAUAAAUAAUAUAUAUUAAUAUUAUAUUACAUUUUAUAGUUUAACUUGUUUCCUCCAACUGACAUUAUUAAUAUGUAUGUUUUGUUAUGUUUAUAAACUUUUUGUCAAUUUUUUUUCAUGUAUUUUAAAGUCCCUGUCAGUUUGUUGCCAUCUACAUUGCAAUGACAUACUCUUUUCACUCUAUUAAGUUUAUUUGUGAUUUACUCAUAUAUAUAUAGGCAUGAUGAUGUCAUAUCACAUCCAUAUAUGGGCAAAACACAGGUGUUUGUCACAUAAACCAGCUUAAAUGUACAAACCUCUAACAUUACUAAGCAUUGAGUCCCUUGGUACCUACAUAAUGGUUAUAUAUUCAAUGAAUUCAUGUAAGGCUAUAAAACAAGUCUUAAUGUAGGUAUGUGCCUGUAUUCAUAAUGCUAGACUUACACUGUACUAUGGAUUCAUAAAUGUGGGCAAAGGAAAACUAAAAAUGUGCAAUUGUACAACUGUAUAAUACAGAUAUUGUAAAAUAACAAAAAAAUUUAUAAAAGUAUAAAAAAAGAAUUUAUACUUGUUGAAAUAUUUUAGGGACUGUUAAUAAUGUCAUAUCAUAAGUGUUUAUAUUGGAUCAUAUGUAAAAAAAAUAAAAUGUUACCAUUAUUAUCUUUUUGACUAUUAUUAUGAUUAUUAUUUUUGUUGUUAUUAAUACGAAUAUUAUUGCUGUUACAAAAUUAUUAUUAGUAUUAUCUUUAUUAUUAUGAUAAUGACUAUUAUAUUAUUAUCACAGUAUUAUUAUUAGUAUAAUUACUAAUAUUAUUAAAUAUUAUAAUUUUGAAAUCAUGUAAUAUUAUGAUUUCCUAAUGUUGUUAAUGUCUGCUGUGCAAAAGGACUCGCAUUUGAGAGCUAAUAAUGCGAUCGUCAUCAUUGACAUUUAACAAUCCACGUCCUGCAAUAUAAUUUUAAUUCAUGGUACAUGUUUUGGCUUUAAGUUGUGACUGAUCUUUAAGAAAAAGGCAGUGUAGAAAAAGCACCUUGAUUUGGCUCUAAUAGGAAUGUUUAUGACAGAUGCAUCUACGAGAAUUCACAUAGUAAAAUUGUGUUCAAGUUUAACAUAGGUACUAUUUUAUUAACAAUAUUUCUUAUUUUUGGCUAUGAAGAGACAUGCAUAAUUAAAGUAUGUGUUUUGUUGGUGUAUGGUUCGUCUUUUCUUUCUACCCUGUUAUAAAAGAUACUUAGUGUAAUGGUUCUCCUGACUUAAAAAAUCUUAUCAUUUAACUCUGUGGUGCAUUUUAUAGGAAAUCUAAUUUAGGGAGGCUCAUAAGUUAUACUAUAUUGUGAUAUUUUCCUUGUUAUAUAUAAUCCAUGAUGGUGUUCUAUCUCAAUCAAUCAAUCAAUCAAUCAGUCAAUCUUUAUUUCACUCUUGUAUAUUUAUUGUUGUGUCAUGGAGUGACGAGACCACAAGAAGGUUACAUACAUCACACAUGAUAUCAAUAACCUUGUUAUUUUUAAACAUUCAAUAUUUUUUGUAUAAAGGUAACAUGUACUAUUUUAUUGAAGAUGGUGUAGUUUUAAAGUGUACAGUAAUCGUUGUAAUAUUUUAUAUUAGUUAUGCACAUGUAAUUUAACUUCAGUAUAUCCACCAAAGGCACUGUCCUCCAUCCAAUAGAUAUUGUUUAUUAUAUUUUUUACUUGAAAUGUUCCUAAUUUUUUAUAAAAGUAUUCAGCAUAGUACAGCAUAAAUGUAGCAAAAUAAUUUUAAUACAGGUAUUAUUAAAAAAUAUACAUAAAUCUAAUAUGUGUAUAGUAUAUCUUUAUUAUGCACUUUUAGAUAUGUUAAUAACUCUUCUAUAGAUGUGUGUUGUAUUCUGUAUGAUUUGUUGCUAAAUGUGAUUUCAAAGUUGGUAUUUGUUUGAAUUCUAUUCAUAACUAAUACUUUCUUUAUUUUUCUUAAAGACUCUCUAGUGUCAUUGAGAAAUUUUAAGUUUAAAUGAAAAGCUUUAUACAAUAUUUCUAUUCUAUGUAUCUCUUUAUUAUUAGAAUUAAUUAAAUAUGGUUUGUGUGUAAUAAUAAAAUGGUUCUAAUUUGUUGAUAAAAGCUUAUAUUUCAGUUAUAAAACUAAAGUAAAUGUGUGUAUUUAAAUGUUUGCCAGUAAAAUUAUGUUUAUUUCAAUGUAUAAUUUACCACAUAAUAUUUGUUUUUGUAAUCCAAUGUAUUAUAAAAUCAUGAAGUUCUUAAAAUUAUUUUAAUCGGCAUGCAUUUAUGUUCUCAAUAUCAGUAUUACCGUAUCUUAUGAUGCCAUUACGUGCUCUUCAUCACUCUAUCACACUUAUGAAAUUGGUGGAUAAUAAAUAUUCUUAUGAAUAUAUAAUUAUAGUCAUCUUAUUCACUGUCAUCAGUAAAAUCCUUAUAGCCAUCAUUUCAUUUUCAGUUAUCAACACCAUCAUCAUCAUCAUCUUCAUGAACAUUAUUAUCAUUGUCAUCACCACCAUCUUUGUCAUUAUCAUCAUUACAGUACCAUUAUUAUCAUAAUUGUCAUCAUCACCACCAUCAUUUUCAUAUUCAUUAUCAAAAUCAUUAUUUCUAUAUUAUACAAUCCAAUUUAAGGUCCAUUUUCUUCAAUUCUCCAAUAUCUGUAUAGGCCUAUCUAUAUAUUCUUUAUUAGUUGUAUAUUUUGUAGAUACAUGUUUAUCGUAUGUCAAGGGUUUACUGAAAAUGACUAUGCAUCAUAUUUUCUUAUAACCAAUAUAAUUAAACUAGUCAUUAUGAUAUUGAUAUUAUUUUGUAUGUGAAAAUAUGCCCCAUUAUUUAAUGUUGCUUACCUUUUUUUAUUUCAUAAAUAUUGCUUAUCUCAUUACCAAUGUUUUUUAUAGUCUGUUUUUUUCAAUUAAAAAAAUGUUAAGUCUCACAAUAAUGUAAACAUGAAUGAUUUUAUGUCAUUUUACAUUACAUGUUCUGAAUAAAUUCAUCCCAAGACUAUA